AUGUCCGGUACGGAGUUUGAUUUCUAUCCGCUUAUCGUGGCUACAUGCUUCUAUCUAUCUGUUUUCGUAAUUGCUGAAUUAACGCGUAAGCUUAUCGACAAAUAUGAAACGCCUGGUUCAUUGUUAUAUCAUUUUCUAAUGGAAAUAAUAGCAACAGCGCAAAUGUGUACUUGUGUUUAUGAGAACGCUUUGAUUAUUGGACAUUAUGGCUUAUUGGGUUUCUUUUUCACCGUUACUUUGCUUAUUUUUUCUGGCGGUGUCAUGAAUCGAGAAGCAUUUGUUUCUCCAUUACCACCAAUUGAGCUGUAUUAUAAAGGAAUAUUUCCAUUGAAAAGAUUAUUAGUAACCAUAGCUGGCCAAAUGAUUGGUGGUUAUUCGGCUUAUCGGAUAGCCCGUAAUCUAUGGUACUGGUCGUUGAAUUUGUCUCCUGAUCAUGCUCUUUUCUAUGAACUCACAAGUUGUAAAUUUAGUUAUAAGGUUCCGUUCAUGUUCGUGCCUUCCUUCGAAGUAUUUGGCUGUUUUCUAAUGCGCUACAUUCUUCUUCGCAUUCCUGCAAAUUUCAAGAUAUUUAUGGUUCCAAUUGUUGUGUCAGCAUUUUUGACAUUUGCAUUAAUACUUGUGGGUGUUCCUGGACUUAAUCCAACAAUUGUUUCAUCACGUUUACAAGGUUGUGACGGGCUAGACACUAUUUGGUUUAUUUUGACUUAUUGGAUAUGUCCUACAAUUGGUUGGAUGUUAUCGGUUUUCAUGGAUGAUCGUAAAAUCCCUGUUGUUGGGAAGAAACCAGAAUAA